UGUGUGUGUGUAUAUAUAUAUAUAGGAGGAGCCAAGCUUUCGAACAAGUCACUAAAGGGAGUGAGACCAAGCAUCUGAGCAUACACCUCGUCGUGCUGUAAACAGUCAUCGGGAAGCAGUUUUCAAGUUUAUCUUUCAAAUUGCCAUGAAAACCGUGUCGCUGAUAUUGGGUGUAGUGGUGGCACUGACCUUACUGAUGGAGUCAGCCAUGCCUCACCCCUACGCCCUGGGUCACCAUGACUCUCACGAGCACGGCUAUGGCGGAGGUUUUGGAGGAGGUUUUGGCGGUGGUUUUGGCCAUGGUUUUGGCCAUGGUUGGUUUGGCCAUGGUGGUUUUGGUCACGGAGGUCAUGGUCAUGGUCAUGGUCAUGGUCAUGGUCAUGGUCAUGGUCAUGGUCAUUUUCAUGGUUAUGAAGAUUAUGGUCAUGGAGAUCAUCACGGCUUUUUGACCACUUUGGUUAGGCUGUUCAGGAUUAUGAUUUCUAUGGUCAGUCUUGUAUACAGUUAUUAUAUCUUUCAUUCAUGUCCUUGAAUUUGUAUUGGUAAAGUCACUGGAUGGCGAAACGUCUUCAAUAAAAAUACCCAGAUGUUGCACAGGUGUCUAAUUUUUUCAUAUCUUGGAGAGUGUUCCUUGUAUUCUCGACUUACUUCAAAGUUCCAGUCACAGAUAACAUGAUCUUUUUUAAGACUACGACACGGACAAUAAAAGCUUUCAUUUGUUUGUGUAUUGGAGGAAAUGUGACUAAUAAACAGAAGUCUUCUUGAGCCUGUGUGUCUUGGACCAGCCUGACAUGGGCCAGUAGGCUCGCUGCAGUGCUCUUUCUUACGUUCAAGUAGUUUCCUCAACCACCACGGACUAUACCCUUUACCCUCCAGCACUGCCUCUUCCAUACUUGCAAAUGUAUAUACACAGAGAGGUAUAUGUCUCUUAGUGUAUAUACAUAGAGAGUUAUGUCUCUCAUUGUAUAUACACAGAGAGGUAUAUGACUCUCACUGUGCACAGAGAGUUAUAUGUCUCUCAGGGUAUAUACACAGAGAGGUAUAUAUCUCUCAGUGUAUAAACACAGUGUAUAUACACUGAGAGCUUGAUAUGAGCCCUAUUUUAGGAAUUAAAGUAUCCUUGGCUGUUGGUAAACAGGUUAAAUGCAUCCUUAAUGAUCCUUCGUGUGGUCGUUUGGGUUUAAACCAAUUUAAUCAACCACCGACAAAGCCUCAAGACACAGCUAAUGUUCUCACAAUGGUUGUAAGUGUCCAACUAAUUGUUUAGUAAUUAGCAAGUGUAAAUUGUGCACACAAAAUAAUAUUUUAUGUCGGUAUUGUAUAACAUUUAUGAACAAUAUUUUAUACAUAUAUAAUUGAUUAAAUAAAUGUUAAAAUUGUA